UGCCCUAAACCGUCAGCUGCGGUCUGAGACGGAGGUGGAGAGAGGCCUGAACCGGCUGGGCUCUGAAAUGAUGGAAACUGAAGUGUUAAAGACCAUCCUGGCCUGCCAAGGAGCAGCAAACAGCGAUUACCUAUUGUCUAAUCUCGGCUACGACCAGUCCAGUCAGAUCAUCGCUAACCGAGAGAAGUUCGUUUUUUGUUGUCCUUAUGGUCAGCCGAAGGUGGUAGCUCGGACUAACCUCAGACUCUGCAGGGCCAAAGUCUGUGCUGGAUCCUGUAAAGGGCUGCACCUGUGUAAAACCUUUCUGUUCAGCGGAUCCUGUCGCUUCAGCCAGUCUGGGAGAGGAUGCAUCUUCUCCCAUGAGCUGAACUCUUUUCAUAAUCAGACGGUUCUGACGGACCACAAUCUGGAGAGUCUGAGCAGGACGGAGUUAUGUACACUGUUGAUGCAGAGCGACAACACACUACUACCAGCUGUCUGCUUUGAUUACAACAAUGGGCCUGGAGAAUAUGGAAAAUGCAAGGAUGGUGAUGGCUGUAAGAGGCUGCACAUCUGUGAGAGGUUCCUGCACCGAGACUGUAACUGCUACAGGACCCACGAUUUCACCGCUCCGCAGCCACGGAAAGCCCUCCAGGAUAGAGGAGUUCCAGAGAGCCUCUUUGACUGUCUGCCGUCUGUUUAUGCAAACAAAGAGGCUUUAUGGCACGCUGGCUUUAGGGGAGAUGGGAACAGCAAGGGCAACAUCCAAAAAGGGCCACCUAACUCAGCAGGUGAUGACUUCUCCGCAGCCACAUAUGACAGUGAUGCCAGCAGCAUUGACGGUCAGAAUGCAUCACAAAGGGAAUGGAUCAGAGGCAGAGGGAGAGGAGGUUUCCGUGGAAAAAGAGGCAACAGAGGCAACAGAGGCAACAGAGGAACCAGGGGGGCCAGGAGGAGCCAGGGGAACGGUCCACUGGAGGAAAGAUCCUCCAGUACUGAGAGCCUUGCUGACAUCGAUAACUUAGAUCUGUACACUGAUGGUGGUCUAACUCCAGACCACUUCCAACAGCAAACAGAAACUCUACAUAAAACUUCAUCUGCUGUCAGAGGAAGAGGUAGCAACCGUGGCAACUGGAGCAACCGACAAGAGCUGAAACAAACCCGUUCAACAAGCGACAUCUUUGGUGCAGCCAGCGCCAAUGCAGACGGAGAUGGAGGACAAAACAGGAGACCAAAACCAAGACCUCUCAUGGACAAAACAGAGAUCUGUAUGUACUUCAUCAAAGGACACUGCAAACACGGAGACGACCGCUGUUAUAAAGUCCAUGAAAAGUUGCCCUACAGGUGGGAGGUGAACAGGGAUGGUGAGUGGACUGUCCUGGCUGACAAUGAGACCAUUGAGAGGGACUACUGUGACCCUGAGAACACAUACAGUAGCAGCAGCCCCCCUGUACACUUCGACACCAUGACCCAAGGACAGAAUAAAGUGCGCCGACUCUCCACCAUUAACUCUCUGCUGCAGCCGGACUUCAUCCUCACCACUGAGUGGCUCUGGUACUGGGAGGAUGAGUUUGGAAAGUGGACCCUGUAUGCUUCAGCUAGCGGCGGCCACAGAGCAGCAGACAUGGAUAGCUCUAAGCUGGAGCAGAAGUUUCUAGAAAACGACAGAGCUGUAGUGGAGUUCUCUGCUGGUUCACAUUCAUACUCGCUCAGUUUCCCAGACAUGAUACAAACAAACAAGCACUACGGCACCAAGAGGCUGGUGAAAAGACGACCACGGUUCGUCUCUGCCGCUGAUGUCCUCGCUAAGAAAGUGAGAAAGCCUAGUGGUCUCACAAUUUCUACUGCUGUACCAGACCACUGGGACAAGAGCCAGAUCCCACAAACCGGAUACAAGGCAGUCUCCCUCCUGAGAACCUCAGAUGAAUUUAAGGAGAUCGAAGCUCUCUUUUGUCAAACUAUGAGAGGCUUUGACAUCAUUAAGAUGGAGAGGAUUCAGAACAAAGCAUUAUGGGAAGUCUUUCAGUGGCAGAAACAACAGAUGAUGAACAACAACAAAGGGCGUAACGUAACGGAGAAAAAGCUUUUCCAUGGCACAGACUCUAAGUUCACCGAUGUCAUCAGCUGCACCAACUUUGACUGGAGAAUCUGUGGAACUCAUGGCACCGUUUACGGCCAAGGUAGUUACUUUGCCCGAGAUGCCAAGUACUCCCAUGACUACACUGGAGACUCUGUUGUGAGAUCCAUGUUCGUGGCUCGGGUUCUGGUGGGAGACUAUACCAAAGGUUCCCCUGACUACCGCAGACCUCCUUCGAAGGACGGCGGGGACAUAAACUUCUACGACAGCUGUGUGAAUGACGUCAUGACCCCGUCCAUCUUUGUUGUGUUUGAGAAGCACCAGAUCUACCCAGAGUACCUGCUGCAGUACAAGACCCAGCACCCACUGGUCUCAUUGUAUGGAGGGGCAUCAGCACCGGCUCCCAAACCAGCUACUGCCCCCAAAACCGUAACUGUUAUGGCACCUGCUGCAACACCAGUGCCUGCACCAAAACCAGUGCCUGCACCAAAACCAGCAGCUGUACCAAGAGCAGCUUUUGCCCAACCCACACUGUCUUAUGAACCUAGAAUUGACACUUACCAGUUCAGUACCAGGAGAGAUGGGAACCCAUUCUCAAACUCCUCCCCUGCUUCUUCCCCGACUGUGAAGGCCAAGAAACAGUCUGACUCCUGCGUCAUUGCUUAGCCAUAGAGUGAUGUCGUGUGUUUUUGAAGUUCAUCUGACAUGCUCUGGUUUGUUGCAGCCAGUAGAUGAAGUAUAGUGACACUGCAUUAUAAAAAAGUAAAACAUUUCUCCUUCUCCUGUUUUGCCGUUGUGGUCCCUGCAGCUGUGUAGGACCUUUCUCACCCCUCUGCUUUCAGCUUUAGCAACAGCUUGAAGCUGAUUGGUGGAUGCAUGCAGGGCUGAAAGUCCAGAAGGAUGUGAGGCAGCUGUCAUACACAUUCAGACCGGUUUAUUUCCUGUCCUUUGUUUGGGGUUUCCCAGGCACUUGCACUUGCUGUAAAGUGUUGUGUAAAGGGUUAAACUUGACAAUGGGCCGAAAGGGAAUUUUCAACUUCUGGACACAAUGAUUUGGAGAGGGGGCAUCUCUCAUUAUUUUGAGUUUCUAAAAAUCGUGUUUACCAGGCUUAAUCAACAAAGAGAUGUGUGUUUCUCUGCCUCCAUGCAGGAGGCGGUAUAGUUUCAGGGUUGUCUCACUGAACGUCCGUAUGCUUGUCCACACCAUUUCUGGCUCUCACUACAUCUUACGAAUGCUUUGGCAGAUUUUCCUGAAACAUAACGAGUUUUCAUUCAAACUCGAGGAUGAUCCGGCUAGAUUUGGAAGUCAAAGGUCAAGGGAAAUGAGCCUCAUGUUCAUCCCUUUCUCCUUCAACCACAGAGGCAACCCUGGCCCUUCUUCUUGACCCACCAUUGAACCUUCACAGUACAGACAUGUGACCACCAGGAGUGAUGAGAACUCUGUAGCUCUGUCAUCUUCUCAAAAGUCCAAACGGAGAAUUGAAGUGUUUGAUAGAUAUUACCCAAUACUUGAAGGUGCUGCAGAUCUGCUCAGGAAAUACACUAGAUAACAAUGCUUUUAAAUAUGGGGUUAGGGCCUGACCCUUCUCUGGCUGGGCUAAAGAAAGAAUCAGACGUUAUGAGCUGCUCUAGUGCCUCUCAACAGAAAGUAGAGCUUUAAAUGGACAGCUUCAAUAACAAAAGUGUAUUCAUGUUUCUAAAUCAUACAGUGUUAGCACUGUUUAAUGUUGAUCCAUGUUGACCUAGCUCUGAUUGAAUGAUUGUGAUGUUCUGAUGCUGUUCAUGACCUCUGAUUUCUUCCAUUAAAAUAAAAAUGAAUUUUAUGUUGAAUACAAACAGAAACAGGGAUUUUGUUGAGGCAUCUCACAUGUAGUGACAAGAAGAUCACCUGGUCAGUGAUUUUAGUAUAAAGACACCUUGUAGCACCCUAUAAUGUAAUAAUUUCCUGAUAAUGUAAUAACGUCUGAUGAUGUAAUGAAAAUUUGCACUUAACUCAAUCAAAAAUGUAAUAAAACCCAAUAAUGUAAUAACUUCACCAAUAAUGUAAUAACAUAUCUGACUGAUAUUGUAAUAACAUUUUUACUGAUAAUGUAAUACCUUUUUUUUCAAACCUGAUAAUGUAAUA